AUGUACUUAGUGGUGACACUCCAUGGAGAAAUCAUAGUCGAAUGUCAUGAAGGUUCCAUCACCAUGUUUUACUGUGUCUUGGUCUAUAUGGGCUUAUUGGCCCUUCUUAGCUUCACUGUGGCCUUCCUAGCCAGGAAGUUACCAGACAGUUUCAAUGAAGCCAAGUUCAUCACUUUCAGCAUGUUGGUUUUCUGCAGCGUUUGGCUGACCUUUGUCCCCACCUACCUGAGCACCAAAGGAAAGUACAUGGUGGCCGUGGAGAUCUUCUCUAUCCUGUCUUCUGAAUUGGCCAUGAAGGUACAGCCCCUUAAGUGCACUGGAGAUGAAGCCAUUCAAAUUCCACAGGAGUGGUACCAAGAAGGAGAAUUUUUAAUUGGUGGAUUGAUGUCCCAUGUUCACUACAUGUUCCCCGAAAUUAUUUUCAAUAGACAUCCAUCAGAGGAAUCAGUUAACAUCCCAUUCGUGGUGACAAAGUUCUACCAACACAUCUUGGCGUUAGUGUUUGCUGUGAAAGAGAUCAACAAGGAUCCUGACAUCUUGCCCAACAUCACUCUGGGAUUCCACAUCUACGACAGCUACUCUGAUUCUCAAAUGACCUAUCGUACCACUCUGGACCUGCUUUUUAAGUCGCAUAAAAUCGCCCCCGACUGUAUUUGUGGGACUGAAAAGAAAAUUGUGGGAAUCAUCGGAGGGAUGAGUCCUGAAACGUCCAUACGCAUGGCAGAAAUUUUGCAGCUUUUCAAGAUUCCACAGAUUUCAUAUGGCUCAUUUCAUUUAGUAGUGACAGAUGAAUCACGUUUCCCUCCUUUUUAUCGCAUGGCCCCCGAUGAAGAUCUCCAGUACGAAGGUUUAGUCCAGCUCCUCCUCUACUUUGGAUGGAAAUGGGACACAUCAGAAAGUACAAAAGGACAUGGAUCAAACGCGAUCAAAGAUUGUAAAAGCCUGGCAGACAUGGAGAAUUGUGAUAGUUGCCCAGAGGAUCAAUUUCCAAACGAAGCUCACGAUGAGUGCAUUCCAAAGACAAUGAAUUUCCUCUCCUUUAAAGAGCCACUGGGCAUUACUCUGGUGUGGUUGGCUCUUCUCUUUUCCUUCUCCACAAUUAUUGUGCUUGCAAUUUUCAUUAAGCAACGAGACACUCCCAUUGUCAAAGCCAACAAUCGCAACAUCACCUACCUUCUACUUAUCUCCCUCUUUCUCUGUUUCCUCUCCUCUCUAUUGUUCAUUGGACAGCCCAAUAGGGCGACCUGCCUCCUCCGACAAACAACAUUUGGCAUCAUCUUCUCUAUUGCGAUCUCUUCUAUAUUGGCCAAAACCAUCACCGUUGUUAUAGCAUUCCUAGCCUCAAAGCCAGGAAGUCUAUUCCACAAAUGGGUGGGGCAAAAGUUGGCCUAUUCUAUUAUCUGGUUCUGCUCCUUCAUUCAAGUAGGUAUUUGUAUUGUUUGGCUGAGUACGUCUCCUCUACUUCCGGAUUUAGACAUGGAGACCCUCCAUGGAGAAAUCAUAGUCGAAUGUCAUGAAGGUUCCAUCACCAUGUUUUACUACAUGGGCCUCUUGGCUCUCCUCAGCUUUACUGUGGCUUUUUUAGCCAGGAAGUUACCAGACAGUUUCAAUGAAGCCAAGUUCAUUACUUUCAGCAUGUUGGUUUUCUGCAGUGUUUGGCUGACCUUUGUCCCCACCUAUCUGAGCACCAAAGGGAAGUACAUGGUGGCUGUGGAGAUCUUCUCUAUCCUGUCUUCCAGUGCUGGCUUACUGGGAUGCAUCUUCAUCCCCAAAAUCUAUAUAAUUAUAUUGAGGCCCGAGCUCAACACUAGAGAACAUUUAGUACAUAAGAAAUAG